GAAUUCCCGUGAAAGAAGGUCGCAUUCGAAGUGUUACACCACUCCUUGUCUCUCUCCACUGGCUGCCGGUUGAUGCACGUAUCAAAUUCAAGGCUCUGAUGCUGGCAUACAGAACAGUUACUGGGUCUGCUCCAGCAUACCUAAAAUCAUUUAUGCAGAGUUACGCACCCACUAGAAGCCUGCGGUCGGCUAAGGAACGUCGCCAUGUUGUACCAACACAAAGAGGCACCAAAACACUUUCCCGGAUUUUCAGCUUCAUCAUACCACGUUGGUGGAACGACCUUCACAACUCCAUCCGUGAAGCUGACUCACUCUCUGUCUUCAAAAAACGACUAAAAACACAUCUUUUCCAUGAGCACUAAUCAGUAAAAAAAAAAAAAAAAUUCCUGUUGCACUUUAUUCUGUUUUGAAUACUAUUAUGAUGCUAGUGAUACUUUGUAAUACAGCACUUUUUAUACCACUGUCUCCUUAAGAUGAUUCGCUUAUGUUUUCCUCUUUUGUAAGUCGCUUUGGAUAAAAGCGUCUGCCAAAUGAAUAAAUGUAAAUGUAAGUGUCCUGCUGGCUUUUCUGAAACGAGACAGCCUCGAUGACGUAUGCGGCCGACAAAGGCGACCUCUGGAGGACGCAGCCUUCCAAACGAGACAGCCCUAUGGUACGUUUAGGUUUGAGGCUUUUAGUUUGACAUCUUAAAAACAGCAUGCCGGAAGUGCAUGUAGCAUUAGCUUCAUGCGAUGAAUUGGAGAAAAGUAAAUAUGAUUUACAGCUAUUAUACUGUUCCCGUGCGGAGAUGCUGUGGUUUUAUAACAAACUGCAAUUGCAUAUUUCGACCUAAAUUGUGCUGCGGACUAUUUGUGCUUUAGUGAUCCUUCACCAAUCAUGUCUGCUUAUUUACACCAGAUCCGGGGAACUUUUUGUUGAGAAAAGUAUCAAAAUAUGUCGAAUUCAUAUAUAAAUCUAGACAUAUGGACAGUUGUACGGUUUGCGUCUUUCACGCGACUGCUUUCCCUUCUUUUACAGGCCUUGCUGAAUGCAGUGAUUCCAGACCAUGUGGCAGAUGCUUUCAGUCCACCACGCGCAGAGAUCCCUCUCUUGCUUGACCCCACCGUUAAAGUAUUGUUCGGUGGCCUUAGUCACUGGGAUGCGGAGCAUUUCCUCUUCAUUGCAGAACGAGGUUACGUGUAUGAGCACAACUUUGCAUUCUUUCCUUUGUUUCCUUUCAUCCUGCGAUUAGUGGCAGACACUUUGCUGUGGCCCCUUUUUGGAUUCCUCACAUUGCAUGGACGCUUAGUUUUUGCAGUGGCCAUUGGAAAUAGUGCGCUUUUUGUCCUAAGUGCCAUGGCACUAUACAAACUGAGUCAUUUGGUGCUACAGGACAGAAAACUUGCUCUUGUCACUGCACUAAUGUACUGUCUCACACCUGCCAAUAUUUUUAUGGUAGCAGGCUAUUCAGAGACUCUCUUUGCAGCUCUCACAUUUGCAGGCCUCUGGCAACUAGAGAAAGGAUUCACUCUAGGAGCAUGUCUUCUGAUGACAUUUGCUACUAGUGCUCGUGCCAAUGGUCUUGUGAAUGCUGGAUUUUUGCUGUACCUCAAACUGCAGCAGGGGUUUGCCUAUGCUUGGGCUCUUAGCAAUGGAGCUGCAGGGGGUGGAAGAUUUCAUCACUAUGCCUGGGCGCUUAUUCGUUUUUUGCUCACAGGAGCAGUUUAUGCUGCUCUUGUGGCUCUGCCAUUUUGUUUGUUUCAGUUUUAUGGCUUCCAAACAUUCUGCCAUCCAAAUGUUACACAGGACCAGAUUCAUCCUGUGCUGCUUAAUCUGGCACAGAACAAAGGAUACCGUGUACCUGACAUGUCCUCUCCAACACCAAGCUGGUGCCAAUGGCGAAUUCCACUUCUGUAUUCCUACAUCCAAGAUUUUUAUUGGGAUGUGGGCUUCCUUCGAUACUUUCAGUUGAAGCAGAUACCCAAUUUCAUCUUGGCACUGCCUGUUGCUGCUCUGGGGUUCAUAGCCUCAUAUACGUACAUUUUGAAAAACCCAGUUUUUUGUAUGUAUCUGGGGUUGGGAGACCAUAGAAGGACAGAUAAAGACAGAAAAACGCACGGUUUCUAUAACCCCAGAGUCUUUGUUUAUAUUGUACACAAUUUUGUCCUGCUGCUGUUUGGAAUAUUCUGCAUGCAUGUCCAGGUGUUGACACGGUUUCUUGCGUCCUCCUCACCUUUGCUCUACUGGAUCAGUAGUCACCUGCUUUUUCAGUAUGAACCACUGCUGCGAGAUGAAAAGCCAUUCACCCAUGACCAAAGACAACAGAAAGACGAUCACUUAAAACCUGUAUUAAGAUGUUUUGCUGGGAUGCACAUAAAUAAUCCAAUUAUUUACCUUUUGAUGCACUGGCAGAUUUGCUCCUUUUAUACACACUGUAUCCUGGGGUACUUCAUAUUAUAUUGGUUUUUAGGUCUGGCUCUGCACUGUAACUUCCUGCCCUGGACUUAAUCACUUCACUGGACAAAACUGAAGGGCUUGAUUUAUUAUUCUUAACAUUCGAACAGCCAUUUGAAUAAUGUUUACUCAGCUUGACUAAUAUUGUGGUAAAUAAAUUAUUUCAUGAUCAAAAGAUGGUUUAUGGUUUUCCUAUGUUAGAGUAAAAAAAAAAAAAAAAAAAAAAAAA